GACCGAGAGUAGUUUCAUUGCAUUUCAAUUAAACUCUUUUUAUUUUAAUUUUGAACUCAUUUUUAACAAUCACUCAAACCCUAAACUGCGAACCCUCAACAUUCAUCACAACCGGAAAACGCCGCAGGAUUUGGGCGUCGGCCGCUAGAAACAGUUUUGUUCGGCAACUAUGGAUGACAAGAUAGACACCGCAGAAAAGAAGGUGCUGGUUGAUAUUGUAAAAUUGGUACAACGCAAAGGCAUGAAGGGUAAACUCGGUGGCUGGAAAGACUUCUUGGACACUAAAGAUAAGAAAUUUGGCUCAUGUAUGAGUGAUCCAUCAAAGAGGUCCCAUGAAGUUUUGGCUGAUUUUCUCAAGACAUUCUCAACUGAUGAGGAUUUAAGGUAUAUUGGUAACAUCAUGCGACAGCAUUCUAAUCAAUACACGAUGGAGCGACUGAAAGAUAGAUCUUAUGAUUCCCCUGAACAGAGUCUAGUCCAAGCAACUCUUCAGCACCCGCGGUACACAAAGGAAUAUUCAUUGCCAUGUUUUGACGAGGGAUGGUUAGUGAUAGACAUUAAAAAGAAGUCCAAGGGGAUAAAAUCCACUACAAUGCUUGCUGUUGAUUGUGAAAUGGUUCUUUGUGAAGAUGGGACUGACGCUGUAGUCAAAGUUUGUGUUGUAGAUCACAAUUUAGAGGUCAAACUACACGAACUUGUUAAACCAGAGAAAGCAAUCACAGACUACAGAACAACAAUUACUGGUGUCUCUUCUAAGGAUCUAGAGACAGUGACUCGCUCCUUAGCUGAUAUACAAAAAUCAAUGAAGAAGUUGUUAUCCAGUGGAGCCAUAUUAGUGGGACACAGUUUACAUAAUGAUCUAUCCGUACUAAAGAUAGAUUAUCCUAGAGUGGUUGACACUGCAUACAUCUUCCAACCCAUGGAUGGAUCUACUAACUGGAGACCUUCUUUAAAUAAUUUGUGUCAGGCUGUGUUAGGCCAUGGAGUUCGGGAAGAGGGUGCUUCACAUGAUUGUCAAGACGAUGCAUGUGCAACAAUGAAACUUGUUCUUGCAAAGAUUAAACAUGGCGUUGAUAAGCCAUUUCCGUUAUCAUUGGUUCAAGAGCCUGUUUCAGAGAGUGAGAUGUCGAAGCUGCUUAUUCACAGAAUACCAACCUUUGUGAACAGUGAAACACUACACGAAAUUGUUCCCGGAGACUUCACAAUAGAACGAAAGCCUGCCAGGAGUGGUAAAAGUGACACGUAUUCGGCCUCAGCUAUCUUUAAGAACCAACGAGAGGCACAUGAGGCAUAUGAAAAUCUUCAAGGCAGCCAAACAGCGGAUACAAGUGGGCGUCUGCAGAAAUUUGUAACAUGUCACUUGAGUACGGGCAAUGUCAAUGUAUAUGUUCGGAAAAUGGAAUUUGAUAAUCACAACAAAAAGAGAGAUUUACAAGAGGACGAGACACUUGACGCAUCCAAGAACAAGAAAUUAAAAAUGGAUCCUGAAGUUGAAAAGGAUUAUGCCCUGAAAGCUUUACAAGGGAAACAUGAAAUUGAAAAGAAGGUCCAUUUGAAAAAGAUUGAAAGUCUGAAUCAACGUUUGAAACAAAGUGAAUUGGAGCACUUGAAGGAGAUUGAAGCACUGAAUCAACGAUUGAAAGAAAGUGAAUCGGAGAUUGAAUCGUUGAAGGAACAGUUGCGGAAUCAACGAUCGAAAGAAAGUGAAUUGGAGAUUGAAUCAUUGAAGGAGCAAUUGAGAAAAAAAGACUUUGAAAUCAACACUCUUCAUAGAAUGGUAGAUAACCUUCAAAAAAGGCGAAAACCACCUAUAACAAAAGCAGGCAUGUGAUUUGAUCGUGAAGCUCACGACCACAACUUUGUUCAUUUUUAACUAAUUCAAAUUUGGAAUUGGGAGUUUGGCCCUGAUAAUGUAUUUGUGUUAUUAGGAUUAUGUCAUGCAUUGCUUGCUAUGUUAUUGUUCGAAACGUUUUAUAUAAUGUUGACUAAAUACAAUCAAUCUUUUCAGUUUGUUAUGGUUUCA